AUGCCCUCCGCGCCGAAUCUCAGACUGACCGUCCUGGUCACCCGGGAACAGGCCUCAGCACACCCCAGCAGAAACAGUACUGAUGGACAGCACCAGCCGGAAGCUGCCACAGACCAGUCUCGCAGCUUUCUCCUGGUGAUCAAGGACCCCGAGAACGUGUCAGUUGGAGACCUGGCCAAUCGAAUCAAAGAGCAGUGGCAGGAGCUAUGGCCAACCGAGAAGCCUCUCCAGAUCAAGCAACUGGUGAAUGGCGCUUACCCUGACACGGCCUUUACAGUCCGCUGUUCCGUCGCGGAUAUUUGGGUGGAUAGUGGACGCCGUGAAAGAGAGGGAUUCGAUCAGCAUGGUAUUGUCCGUGUGAUCCCAGUCCCCUCCUCGUCUACUUCUACUCCCACUCCGAGACACCAACGUGCUGCCUCGGUCUUCCAGGACGUGGAAGGCGCCGCGAGGGAGGCCAAGCGCAAGUUCCUUGACACUGAAAUCAGCGCAAAUGACUCGUUGCCCAGGCCGGCGCAGACGGACCCUCAGUCUCCCAGUCCUCCUCAGAGAUUUCACACAACAACCUCUUCUCCCGUGUACUUCAAUGGCGGACGACCUCCAGCUUUUGCUCUCCCCAAGGGCCACAGACGCCAUCUCACCAAUACCUCACCCGGUUCUCCCGAGUUAGGUCUGGGCCUGGGUAUCACGGCUAGUCCCGCCAGGGACCACAUUACCAGGGACAAGUUUUCGGCCGAUCGAAUUCAGAAACCAAGUUCUAUACCGCCACCGCCGCUGCCUCGUUAUUCACUGCGUGGAUCUACCAAUUCCUCACCACCGGAGGGAAGCUCACAGGAUGACUCCCCGCUGGGUGCCAGAAAGCUCGCAGAACGGCCAUAUAACUCAGUUCCUCGGGAGACCUCUCGCAAUGACGAUAGACGCCCUCGGACUAGGGCAGCCCUGAAGGCUUCGGGCUCUAGCAAAAGAUCCCAUCAUGCCAGGGCUUCAAGGGAUCCGAAUGCUACCCCAAAGCCCACACCAACCACGGAAAAGUAUCUCGAAAAAGACAGAGCUGAGAUUCGGGAAGUCGAAAAGUUGCUCAGAGACCCCAAAACAAACCCGGAGUGUCUAAUCGUUCUCCGGGAGAUCUCUGGUCUCCACAACGAGAUAACAACCCUCAAAGCGGGCUCGGGUGGAAGGGAGCGACGACGACUCUUAGGCAUGGCUCGCAAGCGACUUAGCCGACGCCGAAAGGCGCUUGAGAAAUUUAAAAGCAAUGAGCAGUUGUACGAUGAUGGUGACGCACGUACUAUCACGAGCCAGGAGGGGAAUGCCGGAAAUGGACCUAAUGAAGGCCCCGACGAGAACAGCGAUGAGGAUCUGCUCAAGAAGAAAAAGAACCACAAGCGACCCGGAAUCGAGAAGAGGGAUCUAUCGGCUGAUUUUGUCGCUGCUCGUAGGAUCUCGUUCCUUCGUGCAUAUUCCUCGAGUGUGAAGACUGGGGACAGUCCACAAAGCCAGAGGAACAAGGAACCAGACGGGCAUGGGAUCCAAGUUUUGAUCGGGGAUAAUGGAAUCGAGCAGGCUUCUCCGUCAACCAGAGCUUCUAGUACCCGCGCUUCCCAGUCGAAUGAUGCCCUUCCUGAAGAUGCAGCCAUCAAAGAAAAUGAGAACGAGAACGAGAACGACACGACGGAUAGUGAAGGCGAGGACAUUCAGUCUGAGGCUGAGAUCCCCACGAUCAAGCAUAGCUCUCCCAUCCGCAAAUCUACUGCCUCCCAGAGAACUUCACCACGAAAGGCCCCUCCCCCUGGAGCCGAUCCGGGAGAAGAAGGGAAUGGGGUUAAUGGGAUUUAUUCUACUGCAAAGGAGGUUGACCCAUCUGAAGUGGCGCAGCUUGCCGCUGCCCUCGAACAAGUCCCUGAACAGCAACACUCACCACCUGGUAAGGUCGGUCUUCUAGGUCAGCUUCUUCAGCAGGGGAGCUGGGAAGCUCUGGCCAAAUAUCCUCCAUUUUGCUUGAAGGGACAAACAAAGGACGAGUCAUCGGCCGAUGAUACAUCGGAGGACGAGACAUCAGAUGAUGAUAGCAGCGACUCCGAUGGUGAUUACAAGAUGGGAGGUGUUGAUAUGUGA